UUAAAGUGGGAAAAAAGCUCAUGAAUCCAAACCAGUUGAAAUGGGGUCUUCUGAAAAAAAAAUUUAAUGCCAAAAUAUCCAUACGCGUUGAUGACGUAUCACUCUGCACCAGCCUAGGUCAAAACAAAACCGAAAAUGCACAUUUAUGUCAAAAUUUUUAAAGGGAAUGACUUUCAAGUUGCUGUAUCUUCGAGUCAAACUGUGCUUGGAUUGAAAGAAAUACUUGCCAUGCAAAUUUCAAUGCCAGUUGAGGAGCAGAAGCUAAUGUUCAAAGGAAAGGCUCUAGCUGAUGACAAAAGGCUGAGUUACUACAAUAUCAAGGAAGGAGACAGGUUAUUCCUAUUUACCAAAAAAACAGAGAAGGCUGGCUCUCCUUCUGCCGCAAAUGUUCCAAAAUUUGCUGCAGACCUCUCCAACUGCAGCACCACUGUUCUCUGGGACAAACUAAGAGUAUUCUUACAGAGGCACUUCACUCCACAGGAUGUCGAAAAAGUCCUCAUUGAAUUCCAGAAAAACUUCAACUCCAGCAUACAGAGAUUAAGUCUAGAUGACAUCGAGCGACUAGCUAUUAAUAAAAUCAGGCAGACAAAUGGAGCACAAGAAGUUAGCUAGCAGUACAGUGACUUUAGACCACAUAUAAGCUGUGAUUCCUUGAUAUGUUUCAUUUUGUAUGACCUCUCAGAAUUCAUGGGCAUCAUCAGUAUUUAAAUUGUAAUAGGAUUGAAUUUUAUUCAACAUUUUUUUAUGGAUGCAUCAUUCUAAGUUUAUGAUAAAAUUGAAGGUUGUUUAACUUGGCAUUUUACAGCAAAAAUGUCUGUUGUUUUUAAUCAAAUGAAAUACAAUGCCACAUACAGUAACAUACAUAUUUUACUAAUGCAAAGCCAUGUAAAAUUAUGUUAUUCUGAAAACGACCAUGAAAAUUCCCUGUGCAUUGUAGAUCUGCAUUAUACAAUUUUACAAUGGGCAUAAUGAUUUUUUAAGAGCAUUCACAUUUGAGGAUAAUUUUCAGUAUGUAAACAUGGUAAAUUUUAAUCAGUAUGAUUCAUAAACUAAUUUACUUGAUAAAAGUAAAUUACUUUUUAACUGCAGAUAUUUUGUAUGUCUUUAGCCACACUUGCAUUUAUCUGUCUAAUACCAAAAAAUAAAUUAUAUACUUGAAAAAUUA